UGUGUGUGUGGUGGGAAUGAGUUAUUCAAACAGAUUUUGCAGCAGCAGCAGCAGGUGGACUUUGUGCCAGGCUUCCGUGUCCAGCAGACAGCGUGUCCAGCUCUCAGCAGGAAGAUGAGCUCCACCAAGAUAUGUUUUGUUUUUGUGAAUGUGUUGGCUCUGUCGGUAACCCGUUUGGUUGAAGCAGGCCGAGUGGAAUUGGUCCCCCGUCAGACAGCAGCCACACAACAGGGGGGCGCUGUUCUUUUUUACGUUGCCUACCAGGGACAGCUGAGAGAAAUCUUGUUUGACCCGAUCAUCUUCAACCACGUGUUGGUGAACCAGGGCUCCGCUUACAACAAUGCCACGGGUGUGUUCACCGCGCCGGUCGCUGGCAUCUACCAGUUUGUGUUUGCUGCCCAGCUCUGCCGCGGAGACCACAACAAUGCAUGGCACUUCAUGGUCAACAGGGAAAAGAGGAUGAUCUGCCAUGCUCAGGUGGUUGGGACUGACACAACCCUUAACACCUGCUACACAAUGGUGCAACUGAAGAAAGGUGACCAGGUGUGGGUGAGGCAGAAAGAAGGGAGUUGCGCCUGGGCCAGCACUAUCUCCAAUACCAUCACCUUCUCUGGAGUCCUUCUGGCAAGUGAGGGUGUGUCCAUGCUGGGAAAGAAGCAUGGCUCUGGCAGCUCCUGUCCACUGCCCAGCCUGGGCCGCUACACGCUGUCCAGCUCUGCAGGCCGGAGUGCUAACAUGUCUAUUGUGGCCAUCGCUCUGCUCUCUCCUCUGGGAUUAAUCCUGGCAAAGUUAUAGAUACCUAUAAUACAGUAUAUGUGCGAAAGCCUU